AUGGAAGCAAUUGCUAGAGCCACAACAGUGCCAUGGUUUCAUGCAGAGAUGACAAAGAUGUUGCAGUUGUCUAAACCUGCACAUGAUUGGCUCAUAGAGAAAGAUCCUAGGCAUUGGAGUAGGGCAUAUUUCAAGAGUGAUUCCAAGUGUGACAUGCUUAUGAACAAUCUAUGUGAGGCAUUCAACCGUAGCAUAAUGGAUGCCCAAGACAAGCCUAUUCUGACUAUGCUAGAAAGAAUUCGGUUGUAUAUAAUGUUGAUGAUGGCGGGAAGAAGGGUUUUCUGUGAGAAAUGGCAUGGACAAGUUGGGCCAAGAAUUAGAAAGAUGUUAGAGAAAAACAAAGGAAAAGCUCAGUGGUGCAUUCCUAAGGCUGCUGGACAGAAUCAGUUUGAAGUAAUGCACCAUAGUGGCCGCACCUUUGCUGUUGAUUUGAAUGCCCACUCUUGUUCAUGCCAUACUUGGGAUUUGAAUGGAAUACCAUGUUUGCAUGCAUGUGCUGCAAUAAGUUGGUUUCAUGGGAAUCCAGAGGACUUUUGUGAUGCAGUGUACAAGAAAGAGGCUUAUUUGAGAGCCUAUGAACCAAUGAUUAUGCCUAUGACUAGCCAAGAUCAAUGGAUGAAGGUUAAUUUACCUCCAUUACUCCCUCCGAAAUACCACAAGCAGCCUGGUAGGCCUAAGAAGACAAGAAAACAAGCUGUUGAAGAACCUAAACAACCUGCUAAUCCAUAUAAGCUUCCUAGGUAUGGCAUCCCUUUAAAGUGUGGCAAUUGCGGUGGAGAAGGGCAUAAUCGAAGUAGUUGUAAGGAACCUAGAAAUCCCAACAUAAAGCCUACUAGGAAGAGGAACAUUGCCAAGGACAAACUUGCAGUAAGAAGGAAAGAUGGUGGAGACCAAAGUGGCGGACAACAGAGUAUGCAAUUAAGGCAAAGGAAACACUCAAGCACUUCCCAAGGGCCUUCUCAAUCCCAGGCAUCUCAAGUAGCUGCUGCUUCUCUAUCCCAACCAUCUGAAGCAGCUGAUGCUUUUCAAUCUCAGCCAUCUGAAGCAGCUGAUGGUUUUCAAUCCUAG